GUAACCAAAGCUACAUAUUGUUCAAUAGGAUGCAGGACGUGGUUUUUUAUUACGCUGCUUUUAUAGAUAUUAGGAUACAGUCCAGAGCCCUCCUCCACUGAGUAAUGUUUAGACGUCUGUGCUGAGGCUCUCUGCUCAGUAUUCGCCUGCACAAUGCCACGGGAGAUAAAAUACUCGUAAAAUGUGAAGUCUGUGUUUAAUUUCCUACCCACAAUCAUGAAGGAAGACUCUGACGUACUUCCACGGGACCGGAGCCGUUUUGCAAGAUGAGAAUUCACUGCAAGAUUGUAGCGAUCAUUCUCUGUUUUGGAGUUUUGUUACUUUUGUAUCAUUUUGUAAGGAAUGUUGCGGAUGAGCCGCAAGUUUCAAAGGAAAACUAUGUGCAAACUUCCUCUGGUUUGGGAAACAUUGUUUCUGUUGAGUUAGCACAAAAACCUCGUCCGGUGGCUCAAGUUUCACAAAAACAGCCACGUCUGAACAGAAAAUCAAGUAAACUACCAAACAGAAGAGGGAGUAAUCAUGCAAACCCAAGGAGACUCGGUGAACCAAAGCCUCCCCGUAAGCCAGUUUCUGAGGAAUGGAUGCACCUGGCCGUGGUGGCCUGUGGGGAUCGUGUGGACGAGACACUGACCAUGCUGAAAUCUGCUCUUCUCUUCAGCAUCAAGAAGAUCAAAUUUCACAUCUUUGCUGAGGAUUCCCUAAAGCCACAGUUUGAAAAGGGGCUGAACAAGUGGCCUCAUCCAUUUACGUUAAAGUUUCAGUACAGCAUCUACUCAAUCACGUUUUCAGUGGGGAAUGCCCAGGAAUGGAAAAAAUUAUUCAAGCCUUGUGCAGCACAGCGACUCUUUCUUCCGGUGAUCCUGAAGGAGGUGGACUCUCUGCUGUAUGUGGACACUGACGUUCUCUUCCUCAGACCGAUGGAUGACAUUUGGAGCUUUCUCAAAGAGUUCAAUACAACUCAGCUAGCAGCAAUGGCACCCGAACAUGAAAUACCAAAGAUUGGUUGGUAUAGUCGAUUCGCACGUCAUCCUUUUUAUGGAAAGACAGGGGUGAAUUCGGGGGUGAUGCUGAUGAAUCUCACUCGGAUAAGAAACACCAUGUUUAAGAAUAGCAUGAUCCCGAGUGGGCUGGCCUGGGAGGAUCUCCUGCACCCUCUGUAUCAAAAGUACAAGAAUCAUAUCACCUGGGGAGACCAGGACUUGUUGAAUAUCAUAUUCCAUUAUAAUCCAGAGUGCCUUUAUUCAUUCCCCUGUCAGUGGAACUACAGACCAGACCACUGUAUGUACGGAAGUAACUGCCCUGGGGCAGAGGAGGAAGGAGUGUCUAUUCUCCAUGGAAACCGUGGGGUUUACCAUGACGACAAACAGCCAGCCUUUAAAGCGGUGUAUGAGGCAAUACAUGAUUAUCCUUUUGAAGAUAACUUGUUCCAGUCGAUGUUCUAUCCUCUCCAAACAAAGUUUCUGGAAACUGUGAAUACAUUGUGUGGUCGGAUUCCACAGGUGUUUCUGAAACAGGUUGAGAAGACAAUGAGGAAAGUGUACGAGCAACGUGUAAUUGUCCACCUGAAACACCCUCAGAACUGAAAGGACUUUCCAGACUUUUCUACACAAAUGGCAAGCAAAAGCAAAGGCAUGUUGUUUUCAAAGCCUGCAAACAAAGACAUCUGCUUAAGCUCAGAAUGGAACCACUUAGUCCUCACUCUCCCAGAGAGGAACUCAAAUGGAGUGCAACAAGAAGAAGCCGAAAAAACAGAUUUUGUCCGCCCUUUUGCACAAAAUCAGUAUUUUUCGUACAACACAUUGAUUUUAUUUUCAGGAGAUGGUGCCAAGGCAAGGUAAUAUAAGCAACACUUUCAGCAUUUUAUAGACCUGAAAAGGUAUUUCAAAGCAGUCCAUCUUAACAGCACUGGGAAUGCUAUUGUACAGGCCUUAAGAGCUUUACCACAGGUGUACAGAGAAUGGUGUAAGCUACACCAUAAGACUGACAAACAAGUGUUUUAUUAAAUAAAUACAUUUUUUUCUUUGCAGUUGAGCUACACUGCCAGAUUUGGUAAUAGAGCACAAUAGUGUAACUGCAGAGUGUAAAUCUGCUAAUAACUCAACAGGUUAACUGUCUCUACUGUACACUUGAGAAUUCAUAUCAUUACAUCAUCUUUAAAAAUGGCAGCUUUUUGUAUUCCAUUACUGGUAAUAUUGACAGAUCUUGCUUUGGUAAACAGUGCAACACUUUGGUGCAUGUAUUUUAUGAAAGAACAAGGAAUACCUCUGGAAUUUGAUGUAAUUGUAAUUACAUAGUGAAGCUGCCACCUGUUGCAUGAAACUAUUGAGGCUCUGUUCUCAAAACACCAAAAAAAAAAACACAUACAAGAAGCCCAUCGUAUACAAUUGUAAGAUCUGCUUCAACUGGUGCUAAAUUUUAAGUGAUAGAGGAGAUGCAUAAUUCAUAACUAAUACAUAUGGUGCCAUUACUAGAGUAUACCUAUUUUGGGGGGUGUGGGAUAAAACUGGCAACAUUCUGUAGCUACUUUAAUACUAGCUGUGUGCAAUUUAAAAAUGUUUGAAAUACUAUGCUUAGGAAUUGUUAUAUUUUCCAAAUUACUUUGUUCAGACAGAAAAUCGUAUUUAACCUACUGGUAGCUGUUGUGUUCAAAUAGCUCGCUUUUAGUCUUUGCGAAAUGUGUGCAUUUAAAUGAAGAAAUUUGCAGAAUAAUUUAAAAUAUUCUACUUUGGCAGGAAUACAUGGUCAGACCCAGUGGAAAACCAAUAGUUAAUAAAUAAUGCUUUGUUUCCCACUACACUGUGACAUUUUCACACUCUCAAAAGCAUUCCACAUUGUUUCCACAACAUUUUUUAAAUUACGUGCUAUGAUAGUAUUGCGCAUUGCCGGCCUGAUACUGUCACAGUGGAGUGACAACACAAGGCCGUCACAGUGUUGUGGAAACAAAGACAUUUCAAACAAGGCCCCAGUAUUCCAUCUAAAACUUUGUUUAAUGUGGACUCUUAAAAGUGUUUUAGCUAGAACAAACUAGAUUGUAUCUUUAAGCUGCUUUGGUAAAAAUGUCUGUUAACAAAAAGCUUCCCUGGUUUUGAAAUGGAUAUUUUAGUAACACAUGUAAAUAUUGUGUGAUAUUUGUUUACACUUGGGAGUGCUCUUAUUAUUGAUAUACAACCACAAUUGGUGUUGUUCAGAGAGAUCACUGUCCUGGACAAACUAAAAUACUGCAGGCUGUUUGUUGUCCCUCUCAGUCAAUCAAUUUGCACAAUUUUAGAAACAUUUCAGUGUGUCUUACUGCAUUUUGCCAUCUUCUCAGAAGCACUAGGCAGGCAUCUUGCAGCUCAGUUGAAGACCAAUUUAGUUUUCAGUGUGCUCUAAUAUUCAUUUUGCUGGUUCUCUGCAAGAGUGUGUUUCAUAAAGCAUGUACCACAAGCACUUAUACGUGAAACUCGCAUAAUAGGAGCCUGAAAGAAAUGAAAUCAUUUGGUAUUUGAAAACCAUUACAGCUGACACCAGUAUAUCUAUAUUUAUAUAAUGCAUACUAAGCAGCUGGAACCUUUUUUAUUACUAUUUUGUUCAUGCAUCAUUAAAUAUUUUCGUCAAAUGGUCUGUGGGUCAUGAUAAAGACAUUUCUGCUAUACAAUCUGUGGCAGCAGCAUUGCAGCCUUAUCAAAGGAAAACUUAUGUUCUGUAAAAAUACAGUUGCUGUCCUGACUGUCAUACAGCUUUAAACCGGAUUCAGGCAUUAGUUCAUUUAUAUUUGUGCAGUAAAAUCUCUGAUCUUAAACAAUUUUAGGACAUCAGUGAUCACAAUUAUUAUUAGAUGUUAUGAAUAGGGAUAUAGGGGUGUGCAUACUUACAGCACCUUGCAUAUUAGUAAGAAGCUAUUAACACCUAAAGUCUUAUUCCUGGAUUGUUUCUUUAAUGCUGGUCUGCGAUGUGUUUGCAAAAUAUAUAUUCAUUUUACUGCAUUACUUAAUAUUAUGAUUUAUUUCCAGUGAACGUCAUAUACAUUUUUUUUUUUAAAAAAACAGCUUUUUACAGGAUUACCUUAAACACCCAUGUUGAAAAUAUUAUCUCUGUGAUUCCUGUAAAAUGUGUAACUUAACAAAAGAAAGACUGUGAUUCCCUUUUUGUGCCACUUAUGCUCCAAAGCUGUGACAGAGGUUGAAGAUGUUGUUAUUAGUGAUAAGUAAUAUUGUCCCCACAGCUAAAGCUACAUUGGUAAAAUGUAAACAAACUGGACUGUCAGCAGCUUGGCUUUCUGCUAGGUGCUGGGCAUAAUAAAAUACAGGAUUCAGGGCGACUUAGAACACAUCUCCCAGUAUCACUUAAUGUUUGGAGCAGUGUUCGUAAGAAUUUAGUAAUAUUUGAAAGAAUAUGAACAUCUCUAAUGGACAUCAAAAUAUGCCAAGAAGUAGUUAUUGUGUAUUAAAAAAAAAACACUGUUGAAGGAUUAAUUUAAAAUAAAUCUAUAUAAAAUGUAUGAAAUAGCCUGAAGCACAUAGUGUUAAGAAUGCUGAAUAACUAAUACUAUGUAGUUCGCUUGUUCUCCUGCCUAAAAUGAGUAUAUUUAUGCUGCCGUAUAGUGUUGUGAUUUUUUAUAUGUACAUACAUUCCAUAAUGUUGUGAUUUAAAUGCAGUAUUGCUUGUCGUGAAUUCUAACUGGAAAUAUACACAAAAAGGCUAGGUUUUAUAUUCUUGUGUAUUUUGUACUUUUUUUUUUAAAUGUGAAAUGUGCACAAAACAUUUACAUCUCCAAAGGAGAACAAACUUAAACUUAUUGUCAGUUUUACUUUUGUUAAAACAUUUUUUUUUUGUGAAAGCUUUUGUAAUAAAUAUGCAUGUCAAGUGUUUUAAAUACA